UCUCUCUCUCUCGUUAUGUAUCAUGUAUCUAUCUUUCUUCCUUCCUGAAGCCAGCUGCCAGCCUCAAGCUUCGUGGUUGCGAUACGGAGAAGGAAAGCAUGGGAUGUGCGAGCUCGAAGCGCGUGGAAGCGGCUGUCGCGGCGGACGUCUAUUGCCCUCCUCCCACCAGCAUCGCCCUUUUCGAUGUCAGCACCAUCCAAGAGCCCUGGCUCAUCACCACCAUAACAGAAGAAGACCCCAAGCAGCAGCAGCAGCAGCAGCAGCAAGAGAAGAAGGCCAUCACGCCCCUGCCUCUUCCUCUCCUCGAGAAAAUUGAAUCAUACGAGCUCUCUCCACACUCUUGGUCCGAGGUCAGCAAAGCCUUGGAGGAUCUCAAGCCCUCUCUCCGUCAACCUCCCCCUCAACUCCCCCCUCCCUCCUCCGACCACAAGAAACCUCCUCAGAAGACUAGCUCCUUCCACACGCUCGAAGAGCUCGACGCCCCGAAGUCACCAUCCUCCCUUCCUCGAUCCGGGUCGCCGCCCCGCCUGUCCCCGCCUGAGCUUGCAGGGUUCAAGCCGGUGAAGGAGAACAGCUUCGUAAUUCGCGACCGGCAGGAGAGGGAGAGCAGGAAGGCAGGCGGCGACCACGCUGCCGCUGCCCGGUGGCGGCGGCGAGACCCCUUGGAGGGCUAUCCCGAGCGCUGCCCUCCGGGGAAUGGCAACGGCGUGGUCCUGUACACGACGACGCUGCGUGGGGUGCGGCGGACGUUCGAGGACUGCGAGCGGGCGCGUCGGGGGGUGGAGGCGCACGCCGUGGAGGCCGGGGUGGAGGCGGAGGAACGGGACGUGUCGCUCCACGGGGAUUACUUGAAGGAGGUGAGGGAGCUCGUCGGUGAGGGGGCAGCGGUGCCGAGGCUGUUCGUAAGGGGGAGGUACGUGGGAGGGGUGGAGGAGGUGGUGGAGCUCGGGGAGACCGGGAAGCUGAGGGAGAUGCUACGUUGGGUGGCGGCGAGAGGGGAGAGGGGGAAAGGAGGGUGGAGGGAGUGCGAGGGGUGCGGUGGGGCGAGGUUCGUGCCGUGCUUGGAGUGCAAUGGGAGCUGCAAAGUGGCGGCGGAGGACGGGGAGGGGGUGGUGAGAUGCGGCAAGUGCAAUGAGAAUGGGCUGAUGCUGUGCCCACUUUGUCAUUAGACCCCGUUGAGAUGCAUCAUGUAAUUAAUUAAGGGAUUGGGGAGGAGGAUGGCUUAGCUGCUUAAACAUAUUAGUUGUUGUAGAAAAUAUGCACGGUGAUAUAGAUUCUAUAUAUAUAUAUAUAUAUAUAUAGUUUUGGAUCUUUUGCCAUGCCUAUUUUGCAAUAUAUAAAAUACUCUUUGAUAGUUGCCACGU